AAUCUAGCAGUCGAUCAUAACACUCGCAGAAAUGGCUUUUAAAUUCAUCGUUCUGACAUGCCUUGUGGCAGUCGCUAGCGCCGGCCUGGUGCCAGCAGCUGUCUCGUACGCAGCGCCGGCCUACCACACCGCGCCCGUGGCCUACGCCGCCGCGCCUGUCGCCAAGCUUGCCGUAGAGGAAUACGACUCGCACCCGCAGUACAGCUUCGCUUAUGACGUGCAGGACGGACUCACCGGAGACUCCAAGUCCCAGCAUGAGACCCGUGAUGGUGACGUUGUCCACGGCUCCUACUCGGUCGUCGACCCUGACGGCACCAAGCGCACCGUCGACUACACCGCCGACCCACACAACGGUUUCAACGCCGUCGUCAACAAGGAGCCUGUCGCUGUCAAGGUCGCCAAGAUCGCCGCGCCCGUCGCCUACCACGCUGCUCCCGUCGCUUACCACGCCGCCCCUGUGGCCUACCACGCCGCCCCGGUAGUACACGCCGCGCCCCUUGCAUACUCUGCCCCCAUCUACCACCAUCCUCAACCAUCAACAAUGGCCUUUAAGUUUGUCGUCUUCUCGUGCCUGUUGGCUUUUGCCCGAGCCAGCGCUCCCGUUGUCGCUGCUCCCUUGGCCGCUGCCCCCGUGGUGGCCGGACCCGCGCUCGCCAAGCUCGAGGAGUUCGAUCCCGCUCCCCAAUACCGGUUUGGAUACGACGUGGCCGACGCCCUCACCGGCGACUACAAGAGCCAAACAGAACAGCGUGACGGUGACCUCGUCCAGGGCUCGUACUCCCUCGUCGAUCCCGAUGGCACCCGUCGUACCGUCGACUACUCCGCCGAUUCAAUCAACGGUUUCAACGCUGUCGUCCGUAAAGAGCCCCUGGUAGCGGCCGCACCCGCUGUAGUUGCUGAGCCCGCUGUGGUACCGGCCCGUAUUGCUGCUGCCCCAGUAGUUGCUGCCAAGUACGCCGCCCCCGUCGCCCCGGUGGUCGCCGCCAAGUACGCUGCUCCCGUCGCACCAGUAGCUGCCCCUCUGACCUACGCCGCAUACGCCGCUCCCGUGGCUAGGGUAGCCGCCUACACCUCGGCCGUACCUGUCGCCUAUUCCGCUCCGGUCGCCAGGGUAGCUUCCCCACUGUACUCCCCUGUGGCGAGGUUCGCCGCUCCUUACGCCGCCGCCUCUUUUGUUGCUGUUUAA